AUGGCUAAAACCAAGCCAGCGCAAAUGGAGCAGCGGAGGUCUGCUUUGCGCAAGCCUUCUGGUCGAGACUCAGAGAGUGCUCGCAGCUCCUCUACUGUGGCAUCGACCAGCGACAUGAGGCGGGUGACAGGAAAGCAGCCAGACAAGAUUGACAAGACUGCGAAGUUUGAGAGCAAGCCCAAAGAGGGUGGAGAGGGCAAAACAAGGAGGGAGGAGAAGGAGAAGGAAAAGAGUUCAAAGGAAGUUACAAAGCCGAAGAAAGAUGGCAAGAAGCGCAAGAGAGAUGAUAGCCCGGAGAUAGAGGCUUUGUUGGAUGAUGAAGCCAGCAGUGACGAAGAAUGGGCAACUUUCACACGUCAAUGCAACGACCGCAAACGAUUCCCAGUGUCGCUGGCAAGCUACGCUGACAAGAAAAAGCUCGACCUUUUUCGAUUGGUGGCAGUCAUCGUUGAACGAACAGUUCAAAGGGAUGUUGAAGCCAAGUCUGGGCGUAUUGGAGUGAAAGCAAGAGAUUUGGCCCCAAAGUAUGUCACGCCCGACAAAGUACCCAGCUACAUUAAGAAGUUGCGAGAGAAGGGACUUUGGUCUUGGGAUGAAGAUUGGCCAAAUGAUGAAGAGGAAAUCUGGUACUACCCAGCUACCGGGAAAAAGUUUGUGCGUCGAGAUCUCACAUCUGAGAAGAUGACUUUGAGGGGGGAAUCCAAAGGCCCAGAGAACGUUGAACUCAUCGAUAACCUGACUGCCAGCGACGGCAUCCUGCAAGCUGGGUGUAUGCCGGCCUUGGAGAUGGGCAAUGAGGAGGGUAUGAAAUCCAUGCGCGAAGCGCUGGCAGGCUCAGUGACAAAGACCAAAGCGCCCAAGAAACCCAAAGAGAAGACCGAGGAGCUGAAGCCUGCCACCUCGAAGGAGAGAGCGCAAGCCUUGAUGGACGAUGUGUUGAAGGAAGGCGUUGACGCCAGGAAGCUCGCUGUGUCGCUUCAGCAUGUCCAGUACAGCGAGCAACUUGUCACUCAGCUCUUCAAGCACAGCGCCCACAUGGAGAAAUUGUUCGGUGUGUUUCAGAAGCUUACUACCGACAGCAAGACAAAGGACAAAAAGUAUGAGGCUGCGAUCGACUUGGCUACGGAGAAGAUGAAAUGGUUCGAGAAGAGCAAGGAAGCCGCCAAAGGCUUGCUGUCCGGGCUGAACAAAAAGAAGAAGGUGGGCAAGGCGAAAGCCAAAGGUAAAAAGGCAAAGUCUGAAGGGCAUGGGGGUAAGGGCGCUUAG